GCACUCUCCAUUCUUGAGAAGUGACAAAGGAACUACCAUUGUCGUGGUCGGUUUCCGGUCUGAUAGACCAACGAAAGGAUAAAUCAACAAGAUCCUCAUCUUCAAUUAUUUAAGUUACCCUUAUCUUCUACUUGGCAAAAAAAGACCAGGAUGUCCUCCGCCUCCGCCUCCGCUUCUUCCACCAUCCGGAAGUCUUCAUCAUCCUCGUACGAUAAAGAGAAAAAGCUUCCUUCCGACAGUGAAUUGCUCGCAGCAGCACAUAGGGAAGGAGAGAUCAAUAGGAAACUCCGAUUUCGAAUUAGCGAUUACAAGACGUUGCUGCAGGCGAGGAUAGAAAAUGUGGAUCGUGCGAUAAAAUCCGAGGUGGCAGCGCUUGUAGAGGAGAGUAGCACAGAAAUAUCGCGGACCGAAAAAGAAAGGAUAGAGUACUUCUGUUUCGCCGUUUUUCCAGUGGGUAGUUGUACUAGUACUUGUUAUUGUUUAAUAUUAUAGGAAGGAGCUUGUUAGUUUUGAAUGUUAUGUCACCUAAGAUUUAGCUAAGUGAAGUAAAGGUUCAAUUAUGUCGUGUGGAAGUCGGUUCACUGACCAUGAAUCUGUAUUACCACUUGGUAAAUGAAGUACUGAAAGAAUGGAAAAGACAAAUGAAGAGUAAAAGCUAUAAAUCGGUCAUAUCUUACUUCGAGAGAUAUGUAGUAGCACAGAAAUAUCGCGGACCGAAAAAGAAAGGAUACAGUACUUCUGUUUCGCAUGGAUCUCUCAUCAUCAUUAAAUUGAAGAUCCAUGGAUCUUCCCAUAUCUUCCUGAUAUUACUCCUCAUGAUCUUCUAGAUCUUGUAAAAACACAAAGAAGAAGAUCAAGAGAAGCACCUAUAGUCUUAGUCCAAAUAUAUAAAUCUAAAUCUCCACUGACACUCAGCAUUUUGAAGCAGUUGACCGAUUUGCAAGAGAUACGAAUAAAGCUUGAGGAGGCGAUUCAGAGAAAAACUUCGUUGAAGCAGAGAACGGAGACGGAACUCAAAAAGGGCAGGCGUGUGGCACUUAGUCAAAAAAACUAUGUGUUGAGCUAUUGUAGUAGUUGACGUGGAUGAAGAGAAGGAUAAGGAACAACAAAUGCUACUUAUCCUUGUGGGCCUUGUUGUCCUCGCCACACUUGAUGCAACCAAGAACACUCAUUUGGAUCUACUUGUGCAUCCAAUUUGACUCCAACCACUCAUUUGUAUCUACUUGUGCAUCCAAUUAUUUUUAUACUCCUGCUAGAUCUAGAUUAUAUUAAUUAAUAGCUCCACCUUGUUGUUGAAGUUCGUGCCUCGUCCCCGCUCCUUAUCAUUAUUUUCAUACCCCUUCUAAUCUGGAAACCAAGACGUCGCUGCGGAGGUACUGCGAGAAUUGAAGAAAGAGUUGGGAAAAAUUUGUGCCAGUUUGAAGAUUUUACAGAAGGAUGAUCGGGAAAUCCAGUUGGACGUCGAUAAGUUGUACAGAUCGAAAGAAGUGGUGGAAUAUGUCCUAGAUUUAUGGCCUGUUUUCGAAGGAGAAAAGACGUCAAAGAAAGAGACACCUUUAAUUUUGCGCGUGCAAAUUCAUCAUACUGCAUCCCGAACGACCACACUAGGCCAUCGACGGGAUGAUGCAUUUCCUGCGGUUGUAUGAACUUAGGCGACGGACCUCUAAUGAAUGCGAAGAAGACGCAGCUCAGCAUAGACAAGGAGCUGCUCCACUCGAGGUUCGAUUUCAAGCGGAUGGAAGCAGAUGCGAUAUUUCAGUCUGAAAUCGAGGAGAGAGAAACAGAUGUUGUAGGGUUCGAGGUUGAGAGCAGCAGGGAACGGGAACAAGGAGAAGGUGCAAUAACAAUAGAGAGCGCGCCGGGUGAUCGCGAAAUACAAAUAGACACUAGUUGUACUAGUAGUGCAAGUGCAACCAAAAAUAAUAGUAAAAUGAAUAGUCCAAGAGAUACCACAGGUCCCUCUAUAUCUAUACCAGUAGAAGAGCCUGAUGAGGUGCCACCUCAUCUUCCCGCUUCAAGCAAUGUUGAAGGCCAAUGUUUCCCCACCGUAGGACAAGUAAGAUUGAAAAGUAGAAGUUCAUGCUAGUAGCAGCUGAAAAUGAGUCACGAACAGCUAUUUGCAUUGCAGUCUAAUAUCCACGACCUGAGGAGGGUAUCGUUACUACUUGUAUUGCGCAGUGGAACGACAUCUUCGGAAGAUUUGAAAGUGGCAACUAUCUUCUCGCUCGUCGUGCGUUACGCAAGAGCAAUGUCCCCAGAAAUAUUUGUUAUCGUUAAUAC